AUGGAUAUUAAUACUUUGCAUAUAUCAAAUUCCAAUGGCAAGAAGAUCAUCAAUAGUGAGUAUGAGAUCAUACGAAAGGUAGGAGAAGGUCAAUUCGGGAAAGUAAUGUUGUCAAAAAAGAAAAACGGUGAGAUGAUAGCGAUCAAGACGAUAAAUAGGAUAGAUAAAACAAAAUUGAUUACUAAGACUUACUUAAGUCAUACCAUAAAAAUCAAAAGAGAAAUUCAAAUAAUGAAAGAAUGUGACCAUCCCAACGUUGUUAAAUUAUACCAGGUUAUAGAUGAUUUGAAAUACGACAAAAUAUUAUUGGUAAUAGAGUAUUGUUCACUAGGAGAAAUCGACUGGAAACUUUACAAUCAUUACAAUGAAAAGAACAAGACCCAAGGAUUGACUUUGAACAAAAUACUAAGAGAUGUUUCGAACGGUUUGGAAUAUUUGCACGAAUAUAAAGGUAUAAUUCAUAGAGAUUUGAAGCCAUCGAAUUUAUUGAUAUCUCAAGAUAAGACAAUAAAGAUUAGUGAUUUCGGUGUGAGUUUGAUCUUAGAGAAUAAUGCCAAUGAUUCCAAGGAAUUGGGAAAGACCAUGGGAACGCCAGCAUUCUAUGCUCCGGAGUUAUGCCAAUUUGUAAAUAAUAGAUUAAGUAUGAUUAAUGACAACGAAAGAAAGAUAAAGAUUGAUAAAAGGAUAGAUAUUUGGUCAUUAGGGGUGAUACUUUAUUGUUUAAUAUUCAAUGAUUUACCUUUUAAUGGGAAAAAUGAGUUCAGCUUAUUCAAGAAUAUUGUUAAUAAAGAUGUGAAGUUCCCAAAGUUGAAUUUAAAGAUCGAAGGGAAAGACUUGCAAGAAUUCAAAUUACUUCAAAACCUUAUUAUAAAGAUCUUGAACAAGGAUCCUAAUAAGAGAUAUUCAUUACAGGAGAUCAAGAAUCACGACUUCACUACUUUUGAUUUGACCUUAAAAGAAUCGAUUAUCUUCAAAAACUUCAAUAACAAUUUUAUCGAUAAACAGUUGGAUUUCUCGAAUAAGAUCAAAAAGUUCUUUGGUGGUAAACCUUUCUCAAGCAUUGCUCCAGUGAAAGUUUCUGUGACGGAUCCACAACAGUUGGUGGAUUUGGAACCUGUGGACGAUUUAUUAGAAAGUUAUUUUGAUGAUUCCUCAGACUAUGAAGACCAUGAAGAAGAAGUUGAAGUAAUUGAUAACAUAACCAUCAAUGACCACUUUAUCCAACCCAAUAAUAUGGUUUAUAGCAGUUCAAAUGGGGUUUCCAGAAGCUCAUUUGAUUUGAAGACUCCGGACAAACCUACAUUCAGCAGGCAUGGAUCUUUCAGUAAAUUAGAUGAAAUUGACAGGUCUUUUAGACCACCUCCAUUGAAUUUGUCAUCAUCACCAAUGUCAGUAUUAACUUCGUCACCUAUCUCAUUGAGUUCCAAUGUGACGGUGACCAUUGGACCCAAUUCAAAUUCCAUGUAUAGUCCAACAAGAAACUUUUUCGAAAAGAUCAAGAGUAUGGAAACCAAAUCGGGUAAUCAAAACCAUACAAUUAGUUCUUUAACGAAGAAUAAUGACAAUCAAAUAUUAGAACCGCCAAGUUUGUUUAGACCAAGACAAAACAGUUUCAAUUCACCAUUGAUGAGAAUUACUAGUUCCAGUAGUUCUUUGAAUUUAAAUGCAUAUUUAACUGAUUCACCAGAAUCACCCACCACUUCUGAGCCAGAAUCAGAAGUCGAAGACAAAAGCACCAAUGAACAAAAUCAAAAUCAAAACAAAAUCAAAUAUCCAUAUCAAGUUAACAAUAAUUAUCAAGAUAGUGAUGACGAACUGAUAGCUCUGGAAGCAGACUCAACAUUUGUUUUGGAGCCUCAUAACAAAUAUAAAGAUAUGAGCGAUUAUUUAGAUAGGUUAGAUUAA